AUGUCUCAAGAACGAGAGUACCUACUUCAGAGUGGUGAUGGUGGAGGAGGGUCUACAACCACAACAAAUUCACAAUUUGUGCCGAAUGAUGUUCUCUAUCAACGAAGAUCACAAACCAUUCUAGAAUCGGAAAAAACAGAAGAACAUGAGCUACAUGAUGCCGAUGACGCUGACAGUGAAGAAGAAGAUGACAUGGUUACUUUUAAAAACGGAGUUCCCAUCAAGAAACCAAUUUUGCCCAAUUUCAAGAGAAUGACAAAAAAAGAAAUUGUGAAAUUUUCAUUUAGAACUUCAAAAAUUGUCAUUCUUUCUCUCGCAUUUCUUGCUUUUGCCAUUAUUUUCAGUAUAUUCCAUUCAGUUCCAACACAGAGUACUUUGCAUUACAUCUCUGUUGGAGAAAAUCAAACAAAAUUCAUUGAAUUUUCACACGACAGUCCUCAAGAUUUAUUGACCAUUCAAGUGGACAUUCCUAUUGUUGGAAAUGAGCUCAUUUAUGAAUUGAAAAAGGAAACCGUUUCUAAAAAGAAGAAUCAAGAUUGGAAAUUAGAUUUUCAAUUACAAAGAAAUUCUUUUGCAACAUUUAUCGAUGAAGAAACAAAAUCCGUCUCAUUCAAUUAUGAACAACAGAAUGAAGAGGAACAACAUUCAUUCAUCAAUCUUGUGAAUCAAACAUAUUCAUUGGAAUUUGUGCCAUUCAUGAAUGAAACGAUUAUUGUACCUCCUCAUGAUAAUCAAACGAAUCCAGAUAAACCUCAUAACACCGAUGAAGAUGAAUCUGAAAUUCAAGAAAUCAAAGGAAAACACACCUUUUACACAGAUUAUUCACAAUUGAGUUCAGAAGAAAAACAUAAUGUCACUUAUCGAUUACUCAUUUCAACCAAUUUUCCACAAAAUAUUACAUCCUCUUUCACCAUUCGAGUCAAUUUUCAACAACAACCUAAUUUAGCGAGAUAUCAAGUCUUGUUGGCUGCCUUAGUAUUAUUAUUUGUCUAUGUGUUGAUCGUAUUUGAAUUAAUUCAUAGAACAUUGGCUGGAAUGGUUGGUUCUUUUUUGGUUCUUUCAGUUCUUGCUCUUGUGAAUAGAAAACCAACUUUGGAAGAAAUUUGUGAAUGGAUGGAAUAUGAAACUCUUGCAUUGCUCUUUGGAAUGAUGAUUAUGGUGGGAAUUUUCUCAAAUACUGGAUUUUUUGAAUGGACAGCAUUGAUGGCUUACAAAUUAUCGAAAGGAAAGGUUUGGCGAUUGACCAUUAUUUUGUGUUUGUUUACAGGAUUUGUUUCUGCAUUUUUGGAUAAUGUCACAACUAUUUUAUUGGUUACUCCUGUGACAUUGAGAUUGUGUCGAGUUGUGAAUAUUUCACCAAUUCCAAUUAUUAUUAGUGAAGUUAUUUUCAGUAAUAUUGGAGGAACAGCCACUGCAAUUGGAGAUCCGCCAAUCGUCAUUAUUGUGAAUCAUCCUGGAAUCAAAGCUCUAAAAAUUGGAUUUACAGAUAUUUCACUUUUUUUGGCGCCAUGUGCUCUGAUUGUAGCGUUUUUCACAUUCAUUCCAGUUCGACUUCUCAAUUGGAAAUUAUUCAAACAAGCUCCACAAGUGGACAAUGAACGAAUUCAACGAGAAAAAGAAAUUGAAAUUUGGGAAUAUACUCUUAAAAAGACUCAAGGAAAUGGAGUUGAAGAAAAUAUUGUGAAAGAAAGUUUACAACAUCACAUUGUGAACUUGAAAGCUCAAUUACAAGAAUAUUUACAAAAGAAAGGAGUUAGUACAAACACACAGCUUUCUCCAAAGGAGCUCGCCAAACUCUCUCAACAGUAUUCCAUUCACAAUCCUAGACUUUUUAUUAUUUGUUGUUCCAUUUUAGUAAUUGUGAUUAUUUUCUUCUUUUUAGAAAGCUUUAUUCAUGAAUAUGUUCACGUUGGAUUGGCAGAAAUUGCAAUAGUUGGAGCAAUUAUUAUGCUAUUAUUGAGUGGAAUUGAUGAAUUGGAUGAAGUGAUUGAAAAAGUGGAAUGGUCGACUUUACUCUUUUUUGGAUCUCUUUUUAUUUUGAUGGAGGGAUUGUCACAAUUAGGAUUAAUUGAAUAUAUCGGAGAUUUGACUUCGAGUGUGAUUAAUCUUAUUCCUGCUGGUGAUUUGAGGUUGUUUGUAGCUAUUACACUAUUAUUAUGGGUUUCUGCGUUUGUUUCUGCUUUUAUUGAUAACAUUCCAUACACGACGGCAAUGAUUCCUGUUGUGUUAAAGUUGGCAGAAGCUCCAACGAGUUUACCCAUUAGACCCAUCUUGUGGGCACUUGCACUCGGCACAUGUCUAGGAGGAAACGGAACGCUGAUUGGUGCAUCAGCAAACGUGGUCGCAGCAGGUAUUUGUGAAAAUAAGGGUCACAAAAUGACGUUUAUGGGAUUUUUGAAGCUUGGAUUCCCUUGCAUGCUUCUUUCCAUCGCAAUUUCGAAUAUUUAUCUUGUCUUUGUCCAUAUUGCUCUUGGAAUUAAAUAA